AUCUCUGGCGCGGAGCGUCAAUGAGGUGAGUGAGAGAAGCGCUCGGAGAGGCAGCACGCACGAAAGGAGCAGAUGGCGCAAGGCACCCUCCGCUGGGUUUGAUAUGGGAUAUGGGAUUUACGUCGGUGAAGAUUUCAAGAUUUUGUGCAUUUAUUGCAUUAGUGUCCCUGACUGUGGCAAGAGUCUCAGCGGCAGAUGUGAAGUGUGAGAAUAUUUACAGGGACUUCUCUGACUGUGUUCUGGAGUUGGGGGAGAGCAUGGAUAACUACCAAGAGAAUGUGACCAGCGAGAUGGGAGUGGAAGCUGUGUGCAGCCACUGGGAGGCGUUCCACACGUGUGCCCUGACGGCACUGUCCGGGUGUCAGGAGGAGGUGGGCUCCAUCUGGGAGACCCUGAAAGAAGACUCCAGGAAGAUCCGCUUCCAGGGCAGCCUCUUCGACCUGUGCAGCCCCAGCUCGGCCCCCAGCCUGCGCUCGCUUCUAUCCCCUCUACCCCUGCUGCUCCUAGGCUUGCUGAUCCUGGGAGGGCCCAUCUGGCCAUCCACAUAGGUGGGGGAUGCCUCCCUCCUCCUCGCUCCCAACCCCAUGCACUCUCACAUUCCCCGGGGUGGCCGGCUGCAUCCUGAGCACUUCUGAAAACUGAAGCCAAGGAUUGGGUGGGGGGGGGAUCAGUGAGUAGAGAAUGAAUAUGGAUUAAGGUUAGCACACAGAGCCAUGUCUCUAUGGAGAUGCCAUAGGCAUCUUUGGUAUUGGGUAAUUAGAAGGCUAUGAUAUCACAGAGCCAUUGAUGUCUGUGGAGAGACGGAGGGAUACCUAUCGCUCUGGGUUACCCACCAUAGAUGUCUAUGGCACUAGGUAAUUUAGAAGGUUAUGUUAUCAGGGCCUUAGAUAUUAAUGUCAUCAUUAUUGAUGAGUCUGGAUAAAAAUACACACCCAAUACCCAAGCAAUUGUAAUGAAAACCUAUUACAGUAUACGCCUAUGAAAAAAGCCAUUUUAAAGCAAUUGGUCAAUUUUGUUGACAAUCAAGUGAAUUCUUUCAACUUUGACCUUUUGACCCCUACACACCAGCCCAAUGUUUGGUGUUGCAUGGCUGCUAUAAUGACACCAAAAAGGCAUUUUUCCAUAUUUUUGCUCUGUUAAACUAUUUCUUUGGUCAUCUUGUUACAGUAGGUGCUGUUAAAGUCAGGCAAUGCUGUAAACUGAAAAUUUUGUUCCUUGCUUUAUUAUGCACUUUACAGUAAAAUGCCUAAUUUACCGUUAGUCAUUGUGGAUAGUUAUUCUACCUGAAAAUGGUAUCUGGUUAUGUGAGAAUCUUCAGUGUUGUUUUAUGAAUCUGUCCUGUAUGGAAGCCCAAGUGUAUGGCUGUCAAUUCAUUUGAUAUCAUUGAGUCCAUAACAACUAUACACAACCGUACACAGUUCACGUCAAAGCACAUUCAACUUUACAAUAACACAGCUUACUGAGUAGAAAUAAAUACAAGAUACUUAAUUAUGAAAGCUAAAAUAUAUAGGACUUAAAGUGGUACUCCAGUCUCCUUUUCACCUCAGUUAGCACCUGAUUUAUAUUUUUUUUUAAAGGCGCAUCUAAAUAAGUGGUCAAAAUCUGUCAUGACAUAGCACAAGUGGGGGGGUGGGCCUUUCCUCUUUUGUUCUCUAUUGCUCCUCUACUGUUCCUCAAGCAAGGAGGAGGCCGAUGACAUCACGGAAUCACAUCAGACCAACUCCUUAAAUGCCCUACUCCUCAAAGUUUGCUCAAAACAUAUCUUUUUACCCUUUAGUGUGUGUACUUUACUGUAUUUAUACUUGGGAUGUAUCUUUUCAACAGUAAACGUUUAAAAAAUUGCUGGAGGACAUCUUUAAGUUAAGGAUUCUCUUAGGGCACCACCCUGCAUUGUUAGCCCUAAUGCCUCAGUGCAAUACAGUAUUUGAUGUUGUCAACAGCUGCAAUAUAUCAUCAAACUGAGUCCAUAUAAAUAUGCAAUUGAAGUCAUUAAGUCGUUUUCUAGCAAUAUAUUGUAGUGUUAGUGUAUAGGUUUUCUGUUACUGUGCUCUAACCAAAUGGGAAAUUAGGGGUGAAUGCUGACUUAAUGCUCAGACUUUUGC